CUGGCGGUAAUGGUGGGACGGAACGUGCGGCCAGCGCCAAUCGCCAACUGGUUCUCGAGAGGCUGGAUGAACGCUGCAGCGCAUCAUGACUUUGCGGUACAGGAACAUGAUCCUGCCGAGGCGUCUAAAGCUCUCCGCAAGGGCCCUACGGCUGAAGGUGCCCCGGAAUGUCCAUCCGCCACCCAAAUGCCUCCCAAGAGGAGAACAAGGGCCGGAGAGGCUUCGCGCUCAGGUUUUGCUGGGAUCCGCCGCCGUAUCAACGACUAGCCACGCGCACUACGUGGAUCACCGUAUCAGCAUCGAUAGGAGCGGGCACGUGCAAACCAACGGACAUUUCGCACCGUCAACUUCUGAUGGCCCUGAGCUUCUAGCGACACCUUUUGGUCAGCGCAGCGUGACGUCAUCGACAGCCGCCUGUAUAAAAGAACCGCUCUGCUGCUUGAACUUCAGUGGGCACGGUGGACCCGGCACUGCAACGAUGCUGACCAGGCACCUGCUCUUCGUUAUGCAGUGGUAACUAUCGGAGGUCCGUGACACACCUACAUUCGUCCGAAACAGGAGUCGUGAGCCGAUGCUUGCGGGACAUGCCUUGCGGAACGUCGUAAGAAUUACA